AUGAGAAAGGAUUUUAUGGGUCGCUCAAACAAUAAUGUAAGUAAUGUAUCCUAUGAACCCGAGGAAGUACCAAUUGAAGAAGAACUUAAAAACUACUGGACUGAAAUAUGGAAGAAAGAUAAUGAACACAAUGAACAGACAAGUUCGAUCAAAGAAGAAGAAAAUAAAGCAGAAGCUAUUGAACUGAUGGAUUUCACAGAAGUUACCAAAUAA